AUGGUCUUCAAUACUCUCGCACUAGGGGCACGUACUCUUCGAACUCGUCCCGCACCCCGCCUCGUGCGUCAUUUCGCAGGUUCGGCUAAGCAAGCCAAGGAAAACGCAUCAUUCAAGAGUCAACUAUAUGAAAGCACCCAGCAGCGUCUGAAACGCGAGCGCGCCGAACAGGAGAAAUUUGCUCAAUAUCAAACCCAGUCCCCCGGGGGUCGUUCUGCCGCCCUGGUGUUCGCUUUGCUUUUCUUCUCAGCUGGUGCUUAUUACCUCGGAUCUAUCAAGCCUGCAGCUUUGCCCUCCUCCUCUACAACCCCCCUCUCCGAGAUUGAUGCUCCGAAACACAACGUCUCUCCCGCCAACCUCCAGGCAGCGUGGGCCGAUUUCGUCGAGAUUUUGGGCAAGGAAAAUGUCUCAACUGCAAGUGGCGACUUGGAAUCGCAUUCCGGAUCCGAUUGGUCCUCCUACUCGCUGAAAGAGAAUGAGAAACCCUUCUUGAUCCUCUACCCGUCGAGUACCGAGGAGGUCUCGCGCAUCAUGAAGGUCUGCCACCAGCGCGUUAUUCCCGUGACCCCGUACUCCGGCGGUACGAGCUUGGAGGGUCAUUUUGCGUCUACUAGAGGUGGUGUGUGCGUGGACUUUUGUCGCAUGGACCGCAUUUUGAAGCUCCACAAGCGUGACUUGGAUGUCGUUGUCCAGCCCGCCGUUGGAUGGGAAGAGUUGAACGAGGAGAUCGCCAAAGAUGGACUUUUCUUCCCCCGGACCCGGGUCCCGGCGCGAUGA